AAAAAAAUGAAAACAAAAGUUUCCCUGAAAUUGUCAUCCACAUGGAAGUCCUUUUUACAAUUAUAUAUAUUUAGGAUUUUAUAUUUUGUUCUUAGUUCUCUGGAGAAGAUGAACAUUUUCUGACCAUAAUGACCGUUUUUAUAAAAUUGUAUUUAAUUAUUUAGAGUACUGUAUCCUUCCAAUAGCCUUACCUAUGUAAUCCAUACUGAGUGGUUGAAUAUGAAAUUCCUUCCUGCUUUUCAUCAUCAUAAAUGUCAUCUUGGUGGACUUUUAUUGGCCAGCAUCUCUGUAAGUGUGAGUAUUGAUUGGAUUCUUAAAACUGAGAUGUCUGGGUGGAGGAAUCUGCAUUUGCAUCAGGGCAGGGCCUGUUAUUGACCAGGGGAUGGAUUCUUAUGCCUAGGCCAACCCUUCCAGAUCAACAACUGCCACUCCUGCCCGGACUCAAGGGACCCUGUGCUCCUGCCCCCUGGUUCUGUGGGUUGAAAACUCUAUUGACUUGAAGUCUUGGGGAUUGUGUAUUGGCAUCUUCCAGAGAGAUUUUCCCAGAGCUGAGUGAACUUGGGACUGAUGGAAGGAUGAAGAGUGGGCUUCUGAUGCAGUAGGAGGAGAGGGUGACAUUUUCUGGGGCAGAGGGUGGAGUCUGUGUACUGAGUGGGGUGAUGCAACCUCGCCUUCUUCCCAAAGCCUGUGCAUUGGAAUUCCCCAGUGCUUUCUAUAAAAAUGUUACUGGAUAUUGAUGCAGGAUGUUUCAAGACCAGUGCCCUGAGAUCAAACACAGGAUGUUCUCCAAGUUCCCCCAAGCCUAGGAUUUCAGGUCUGUCUUUUUCUGUCUUUCCUCUCUCCCUCACUCUCCCCCUCUCAUGUCUCUUAUUCCAUGAACAGAUGGUUGCGGAACACUCACUAUAUAAGCUGUUAGCAUACCUGAAAAUGCAGGUGAAUGUCUGUAACAUCGACAGCAUUCAUGUUUAACUAACCAAACAUUGGUCUUCAUGUUUCCAGACAUGGACAAUAGUUCUUUAACAUGAUUUCAUGCAAUCCUUACAUAGGGAUAAUAGCUUAUUGUCUUUCAGGCAGUGGACUGGGCCCUGAAGAGUAAAUGAAGAAAGAACUGGGUUCUGUGGCCCACCAGCUGCUGAAUGUCCAGCCCCCACCCCUGCAGAUACUGUGGUGCUUGUUUUACCCUCCUUCCCAUCCCACACCUGUCAUUCUGCCUUCACUUUAUUGGGAUGUGAGUUGCAUCCUAACUGUCCACCUGCACAGGCACAACACAGUGAUGCUCUCUCAUCUUCCCACUGUCCCAGGACUCUGGGGCCUGGUGAAUAAUGCUGGCAUCUCCUUGCCUGUGGCCCCCAAUGAGUUGCUGACCAAGCAGGACUUUGUGACGGUACUGGACGUGAACUUGUUGGGGGUGAUCGACGUGACUCUGAGCCUGCUGCCCUUAGUGAGGAAGGCCAGGGGCCGUGUGGUCAAUGUCUCCAGUAUCUGUGGCCAGGUGUCACUUUUUGGUGGAGGCUAUUGCAUCUCCAAGUACGGCGUGGAAGCCUUCUCUGACUCCCUCAGAUGGAUCUCCUGGUCAGAAACUGCCAGAGGCAGAAUUGGACCUGGACCUUUGGCUUCUGAUCCUGCCAAGAGGAACACAGUACUGAGGAGGGAACUCUCCUACUUUGGGUUGAAGGUGGCUAUGAUUGAGCCUGGCUAUUUCAAGACUGCUUUGACCAGUAAGGAGAGAUUCUUAAAGAGCUUCCUGGAGAUUUGGGACCGGUCCAGUCCAGAAGUCAAGGAGGUCUGCAGCGAGAAGAUUCUUACAGUCUAUAAGAAAUUUGCUGAACAAUUGGAACAGAAGUACACACAGGAUUUGUCCUUGGUGACCAACUGCAUGGAGCAUACGCUGAUUGCCUGCCACCCCCGCACUCACUACUCAGCCGGCUGGGAUGCUAAGCUUCUCUACCUCCCCAUGAGCUACAUGCCCACCUUCCUGGUGGAUGCCAUUAUCUACUGGGAUUCUGCAAACCCGGCCAAGGCUCUAUGAAGCCAAGGAUCAGGUGCAUGGUUGCAUGGAUUUGGGGUGUGCUAUGAGGGGUGGUGUAUCCUUGGGAGAGAAAUAAAGUGGAGGGAGGGAGAUGUCAGGUCAGUAGGGCACCGAUCUCACCUCCUUCAUUACCUCCUGGCCAUGAUUCUUCUAGGAGAUAAUUCUGCUCUCUGGAGAUGUUGGUAGGAAAGUUCAAGUUAUGCAGCUGAGAAGCAGGGACCAAGUAGGGCUCCUGGGUGCAUUGUCACCUUGGGUGUCCACUUCAAUGUACAAGUCUCUUGUGCCAUCCUUAGGCAACAACUGGGGUGGGUGUGAGCAGGUGGAAGGAGCCUCAGCCUAUGCCAUUACCUCCUGCUUCCUUAUCAGGCUGUGUGUUAAUUCUGGGCCAGUCUGGGCCAUGGGGUGGAAAUGGCCUGGGGGACAUGAGAGCACCCCUUCGUUGAAGAUCCCUGUACAUGGGGUGUUGGAACCUGGAGCGCAACCAUUAUGCAGCCCUGUAGGCCUCAGUAGUCAUCCCAGCAGCAGUGGCUGAGAGGUGGUGGUCUCAGUAGGGAUCUGUACAGAGGGCAAAUAAACAAGUUUUCUAUUUAUCUGGAAA